AUGCCGAAAUCGUCAGAUAGCAGGCGCGGUGGCGCCCGCAAGGGACCAUACGAUAAGCCUGAACGCAAGAACAUAUUCAAAUACAACACGAAUAUUGGCCAGCACAUUCUGAAGAACCCUGGCAUCGCCGAUAUGAUUGUCGCAAAGGCAAACCUCAAGCCCACCGACACCGUCCUCGAGAUCGGUCCUGGAACCGGCGUUCUCACCACACGCAUUCUAGAACAAGCCAAAGCGGUCAAGGCCGUAGAGCUCGACAUACGCAUGGGAGCCGAAUUAACAAAAAGAGUUCAAGGCAAGCCCGAGCAGCAAAAGUUGGAAAUCAUUAUGGGCGAUUUCGCCAAAUUGGAUCUCCCAGAAGCACUCCCACCGUUCGACGUUUGCAUUAGCAAUACCCCAUACCAGAUUUCGUCCAUCAUCAUCUCCAAGCUCAUCUCUCUGCCUCGACCUCCUCGCGUCAGCAUUCUUAUGGUCCAGCGAGAAUUUGGACUGCGGUUAUGCGCUCGACCUGGCGAUUCCUUAUACUCUCGUCUUUCGGUCAACACACAAUUCACCUCCAAAGUCGCCCUGAUCGCCAAGGUCGGUAAGAACAACUUCUCGCCGCCACCCGAAGUCGAAUCCGUUGUCGUGAGACUUGAGCCACGACCAGAAGUGCCUGCUGCCAACAUUCAGGAGCUAGACGGCAUGCUCCGUAUCUGUUUCUCGAGAAAGAACAAGACUCUACGAGCAAGCUUCAUUGAUUCGGAGGAGCUCUGCCAGCGAAACUGGAUCACUUGGGCAGCCAUGGACCCUGAAAAAGUCAGCGAGCAAGAUUUGCAGUUCUUCCGUGACAGCGAAGAUACAAUAGACGCUCACCAGUCUGUGUGUGGAAUUCCAGUUAGCAAGGCCACUCUCAAGAGCUUCAUUCGGAGCAAGAUUGAGCAAGUCCUUGAGAAGACUGAACUCUCUGAAGCACGAUCAGCGAAGUGCGACGAAAACGACUUCUUACGACUUCUUUUGGCGUUCCGCGAGAACAAUAUCUAUUUCACAUAA